CUACGCCCACCUGCGACCUCUCGACUAUAUACCAACCGCAAUACUUGGCCCAUCGUCCCUGCUCCGUGACCAGGCCCAAAGCCCUUGUACUGGCCCAAGGGAGAGACAGAGCCAUGCGGUAUCGCCCUGCUCAAUGAAUGACGCCAAGCUAUGAAUCACCGACAUCCAUUCCUCUCGAGCAGCUACCACCUCUCGCAGCGUGUUGCCCUGCUAUUUUCUGCCAAAAAAGAAACCCCUCACACCCUCGGUGAUGACGAUGUCCACACGAAUUUGGGGGAAGGUUCGAGUACCUGGGGCGGGUGCUUGCCAAUAUCAGGGACAGACUUGGGUUGAGGUAGACAUGGUGGUCGUCGAUUCAACAAAUGGCUGAGGAUCCAGGACUUGGUGCUGGCGGAUAUGGAAGCUUUUGUGUUGAAGUUGUUGGCCGGGGGCUGAACAGCUUUUUCUUCUUAGCCCAGACCUCUGUCAACGAUCCAACGAUGGCUCCGCCGACAAUGCCCAGCAGCCUGUCAAAGGUUUGUUCCCCGACGAAGUCUACGGUGAGACCUCGGCGGACAGCUCUGAAGAGUCCUCUUUCGCCUUCAGCAGUGGCAUCCUCAUUGUUGGGUGCUUGGACUCCGUUGUACUGUGGUUGUUUGCAGGAAUGUCAGAAGCUGCUUCGGUCUCGAACAAGUCUUGGGUUCUGACUUCUGGGAUCAAGGCCAGCUCAAAUCCUCCCUGCGACCUUUGCUAUGGGGGCACUGAAAAGAUCGGCUUUCGUUUUGCACCUUGCCGGGAAAUUCCAU